CGCUUCCCCCGGGGGCGGAAGCGCGCGAAGAGCUUCCCGGGUACGGCUCCGGGUCGGUGGGCGGAAUCGGCGAGUGCCCGGCGGCGCCUGGCGCAGGGUGAGGGCCGGGAGCAGCCGCUGGGGCAGCCCGGGGCGGCGGCAUGAAGGGAGGCGCCGCAGAUUGCUGGAGGUCUGAUUUGUGCAGCACCAUGGACUCUUCAGAAGAGACUGGAGGCUCCUCUGCAGAAGAAAACUACUUUGUGAACUACACCUUCACUGACCGCUCCCACUCGGGCCGCGUGGCCCAGGGUAUUAUGAAAUUAUGCUUGGAGGAUGAGCUCUUUGCUGAUGUUACAAUAUCAGUGGAAGGCAAAGAAUUCCAGCUGCACCGUUUGGUCCUCUCAGCUCAGAGCUGCUUUUUUCGUUCCAUGUUCACUUCCAACCUAAAGGAGGCCCACAACCGGGUGAUUGAGCUGCAGGAUGUUAGUGAGAGUGUCUUUCAGCUCCUUGUGGACUAUAUUUACCAUGGAACUGUAAAGCUGAGGGCAGAGGAAUUGCAGGAAACCUAUGAAGUGGCAGACAUGUACCAGCUGACUGCCCUUUUUGAAGAGUGCUCCCGCUUUUUGGCCCGUACGGUGCAGGUUAGAAACUGUCUGCAGGUCAUGUGGUUGGCAGAUCAACACAGUGACAUGGAGCUCUACACAGCUGCCAAACACUGUGCAAAGUCACAUUUGUCUCAGCUGCAGGAGACAGAGGAGUUCCUACACCUGCCUCUCCGCCUGCUGACAGACAUCCUUACAGAUGGCGUUCCGUGUUCUCAGAAUCCAACAGUUGCCAUAGAAACCUGGAUAAACUUCAACAAGGAGGAGCGAGCAGGCUUUUCGGAGACUCUGCGAUCGAGUCUGAAGGUGAUUGGAGAAAAUGUUCACAUCUACCUGAUUGGAAAGGAGUCAUCACGUACACAUUCCCUCGCUGUCUCUCUGCACUGUGCUGACGAUGACUCCAUCAGUGUGAGUGGCCAGAACAGCCUGUGUCACCAGAUCACCGCAGCCUGCAAGCACGGCAGUGACCUGUACGUCGUUGGUGGCUCCAUUCCACGGCGCAUGUGGAAGUGCAACAAUGCAACUAUAGAUUGGGAAUGGUGUGCUCCUCUGCCCCGUGACCGGCUCCAGCACACACUGGUCUCUGUGCCGAGCAAGGAUGCAAUAUAUUCACUGGGGGGGAAAACUCUACAGGACACUCUCUCUAAUGCUGUCAUAUAUUACAGAGUACGAGACAACGUCUGGACGGAGACCAGCCAGUUGGAAGUGGCAGUCUCUGGAGCUGCAGGGGUGAACCUUAAUGGUGUCAUUUACUUGCUGGGUGGGGAGGAAAACGACUUAGACUUCUUCACCAAGCCCUCUCGGCUCAUUCAGUGCUAUGAUACCAACACGGAGAAAUGCCACGUGAAGCCAUACGUACUGCCUUUCGCAGGGUGCAUGCACGCUGCUGUGCACAAGGAUGUGGUGUUCAUUGUGGCCGAAGGCGAUUCACUGCUCUGCUACAAUCCCCUGUUGGAUAGCUUCACCCGGCUCUGCCUCCCAGAUGCCUGGAGCUCAGUACCCUCCCUCUGGAAAAUUGCCAGCUGCAAUGGCAGCAUCUAUGUCUUUCGCGACCGCUAUAAAAAGGGCGAUGCAAAUACUUUUAAACUUAACCCAGCCACCUCUGUUGUAACAGUCACAAGUGGCAUCAAAGUGCUGCUCACUAACCUGCAGUUUGUCCUGGCCUAAACAGGCCCAGUGAUAGAAAGACAGCAACAGUGUCUUGCUGUGCUACACCCACGACCCUCAGCACCAGUCCCAAUUACUACAAGCUCACAACAUCCAGUAAAGACCCCAUCCUCUGUACCUGUGCAGAGGAAGUACAGGCUUUCUGACUGUGGGCCUAUUCUUUUACAUAGCACUAUCGAAACCAUAUGGAACUGUCGUAUCUUAGAUUUCAGAUGGACUAAAUAUUAUUUGAUUCCUUGAUGAUAAGCUGCUUGCAUUUGAGGCCCAAACAGCAGCAAAUGGCUAUUUUAGCCUGGAACCAAUCCACCACUAAAAAUCCUGUGGCAUAUGGAGAACAUUCUCCUUGGCCCAGACUGCUAGUUUUAACUGCCUAGGAGACUGCGUGUUGCUGCUGUAUCAGUCACAGAGUUAGAUGUGCACUGUGUCCCCCAGGGAUGCUCCCAUUUUAACAUUCCUGUGUCCUAUUGCAGAAGGAGGGCCUGGCAGACAGAUUCCAGAACUGACCCCAGGACCCUUAGGUUACAUUCAGCACUUCUCCUAGAGGAGUGGUAAUCAACUGAGUACUUGCUUACUGCUCUGUCAUCACCUAGUGUAAAGAGAAGAGGGAGAUUGUUUUUAGAGCAUUGGCUUUACUGUACAGGAAAUCUCCACCUGUAAUUAUAACAUAGUGUUGGUGAAAAGACAGAAAUAAGACCACUUCCUCCUACCCCUCUCUGUUGGCACUGUAACCCUUUGGGUGAGAAUCUGAAUAAAGUCUCUACUGAGACAAA